UAGAAAACUACGUGAAGUAGUGUAAGGAAGAGCCUUCCGGUUGCGAGGAAAAUACUGGCCUUAUUGUGCUCAUAGACUACGUGCUGUUUUUAUUCUUCGUGCUGUAGUAAUUUUGUGCAGUUUUCUCCUACUUAGACGUAAUAAAUAAUUGUGGCAUGUUAUUUUGGUAUAAGCAUUCUUAUAAUAAGCGCCUUACGUCCAUCGUAUAUAUCCGUGUUCUGAUGCUAGCUUUGAGGAUGAGAAUAAUCUGUUACGUCUAGGAUAAGCACAGAUAAUAAAGUUCCCUGGCAAGUUUCUUGCUGCAUCAAUGGGGCUGAAUAUAACCCUAUUUUCUGGCCCCUGCGUGGCAGUAAAUAGGCCGUUUUUCGUUAUAUGUUGGUGAUAUUAAUUUUUUGUAGAUCUGUCUGUUUGUAUUUUUAAAAUAUUAUUCCUCUCACCGACUCCACUGCUCGAUGCCUUUACAUAAAAAGCGAUAACCUGUGUUAACGAUAAAAAAAAUCGUUACAGAAAGACGGUCUUGUGUGUACCUGACAGGCCUUAUCCCUCCCUCCCGUUGUUGUACAAUACUCAUGAAAGCGUGCACCCACAGCUAUCCGUUUCAUUUUCAUUAUUGGUCAUCUCCAUACGUAAUGAGCAUUGAAGUGCAUGGCAGAAGCAGGAACGAUAUUAUGGAAGGUUGUACUGUCCUCCAUGACUCGUCCCAUAGAGCUGUUACAAGAAACUUUUUAGACUUUAAAGGAUUGUUGCAUCAAUCGUCGAGUGUCUGCCAGGACUUAGAAGAUAUUGCUGAAGAAAUGUCACAGAAAACAAACAAAUCACGUAAAUCUAUGAGCAAUGAAAAUAGUGUAGCCUCUCCAGGAGUAAUCACAAGAUCACAGUUGAAACAACUUGCCAAUGCCAAGUCAGUUCCAGAAGAAUACAAACAUGUUCUUGGAGAAGCCCAGCCAAAUCGAAGAAAUCAGAAGCAUGGGAAGUCUCUUAAUACUGAAAAACUGCCAUCUCCACGUAAGCUUUCUGUUACUACAAAGGCCAGAAGAGUAUCAAAGAAAGUGAAUCAGAAGGAGAAAAUACAGAGUUCAUCUGAACAAAACAAUUCAUUAGAGAUAGAAGAAAGCUUUGAUGUUGAAAUGCGUGAUGGUGCUGAUUUAUCUGCAGAAGAAAGUAUAGUAAAUACUCCAAAAUCAGCAGGAAGUGCUGGAGCAAGAGUAAGACCAAAGAAUAAAAGAAAGAAGGAAGACAAAGUGGACGAGAGUGCUUUCAAUAGCGUGUGUGACAGUAGUUCAGGAGAGCAGACUACUAGUAAAAUGGAAUUCAGUGAAGAAGAAAGUGUUGCAACUAAAGAAUCAGUCACAGUUCUAACACAAGAAAAAAGUUUUGAGAAAAAGAAGGCAAACCAAGAAGCAGGCAUUGAUUCAGUGGAUUCCAAAACAGAUAGUAAAAAUGAUGAUGAGAGCUUGCGCUCUGGUAAUAAAACUACGUUGAAGAGUUUUGAUGUGUAUGACAAGAAGAGUGCUGUGGGUAAGAAAAUAGGCAGAAAACGUAAAGGAUUUUCUAAAAUCAGCAGUGCAUCAGAAGAAGAAAUAUUAGACACCAUACACCCUAAGGAAAGGGGGAAUUCUGCAUUGGGGCGAAAUAAUUCAAUAUGUGAACCUGUUGACAUGUCAAUUAGUGAAGACUGCAGUGGAACAGAGAAAAUACGGUACCUUUCAAAAUCUGCACCGAGCGACUCUGAAGUAUCUGAAUCACUUGCUGAAAAUCAUAAAAAUUUAGCUCAGGAGGUGUCAACUAAUGGGAAGACAAAAUUAUUGAAGAAAGAUAAAUUAUCUGUGAAUCAGGGAGCACAAAAAUCAUCAGAAGUUAGCAGUGCAACAAGCAGCAGUUACAAUUCUGGCUAUGAAAUCACUCCAUCAAAAUCACUAGUUGUAUCUAAAGAGCAGUCUUUGUCUACCAAAACAACAGAUUCCGGGAUUACUGGCAUGAUAGACAGCAAUCCAUACUGUGAUUCUGACAGUUGUACAAGUGACAAACAACAAACUCUUGAUGGCACUCAAAAGUUAAUAAGUUAUCCAGACAACAUAACAAAAGAGGAGCAACAUAAUAUUUCUGGAAAAAGCAGUGUCAUAAAUAGUUCAGGAAGUAUUGCGAAAACAUCGAGUUUACUGCCACAUGAAGGUAUUCCUUCAUGCAGUGGUGGAAAAACAUCAGAAGUUAGGCCACCAUUUCUCUUACGAAUGAGGCCAACAAUGAAUGAAGAGCCUGUAGACUCUGAUUCAGAUGCAGAAUCUCGUAAAGCUAUUAUGCUAUCUGCACAACGACGUAUCGAACAAAAUUUGAGUACAACAGAUUCAGAAGGGCGUAGAUUUUCAUCACACCAAACACCAACUUCCAGUUUACCUGAUGCUGAAGACUCAGAUGAUGCACCACCUGAGAGCAUGACAUUUGAGGCAGGACGGAACACUGCUACAGAAUCCUUACGUGAUGCUGUUGAAAGCAUAAGGCGUGACCGACAGCGACGUAAAGAGAAGAGGAGAGCCAGGCUUGAAAAGUUGCGCCAACAGAAGGAAGAGAAGUUAAUAAGAUUGAAGGAACGCCUUGCAAGUCAGGAAGAUGCCUCUUGUAGCAGCUCAGAGGAAUCUGGUUAUGAAGAUGAAGAGGUCAGGCAUUACAAGAAGAAACCUCUGUCUAGAGAGAAAGCUAAAACAGAAAAGGAAAUUUCUGAGCGAACAACAAAAUCAAAGAAAAAGUCUUCCAAUAUAGAAGGGCGAGUUUCAAAAACAAAGGAGAUGGACAGUGGUACUCAGGAGGAUCAUCACACUGGUAUAAGCAAUGGAUUAACAAAAAGAUUACCGGAUGAAUUACUUGAACGUCUUUCAGAGAAAGCCCCUACCACAAUGAAAGUGACACUUUCUGAAAAGACAGAGGAAAAUGGAAUUAAUAAUAAUGUUACUUCCAUACAAAAGAAACGCAAAAAGGUUGUACUUCCCAGCAGUGAACAGAGUGAUGAACCAUCAGAUUCUCAGAGCUUCAAGAAACCAACUACUCUUGAUUACAUUCCACUGAAGAGCAGUGCUUCAACAAAAUUUGGUAUCAUGUCCUAUGAUAAAGUGGUAAAUGUUUCUAAGUCAGCAGCUCAGAAAGCAGCUGAAUUCCGCCAGAACAUGAUGUUUGGAAAUCGCCAUAAGAGAGAACCUGCAAAUUCAGGCCUGAUUUAUCAACAGAAAAUAAAGGCAUCUGGGAAAGAUGUUUUUGCACGGAAGAAAUUCUGACUUCGUACACAGUUUUCUGUUUCUGUACACAGGGAACAUAUAUUUGAAUCUAUCUGUAAAAAAAAAAGUAAGAUUUUACAUGGGCUUACAUAAAUAGUGAAUGCAUCACUUGGAAACAUGUUGCUAAGGGUACCUAGUUCAAGUACCUUGUAUGAUAGUGUUGCUGCUCUUGUUUAUAAUGUAGAAUUUAAAAAUGUUGCUCGUCUGAAAGACUAAAAUAUUGUUUUGUAUCAUAUGUAUAGCGUUAAUAUUUUAAAAUUCAUUUUGGUUAUAAUAAAUGUUUUACCUUGUUAUGUGUGGUUUCUUUCUCUCAUGAAUCAGGACUAUUGAGAGGUUGUAAUGGACUUGUACUGUUGUUAGUGUAUUAAAAAGCAGUAAUAAAUGAGAUACACAAUC